GUCUUUCAUAUUAUUGUAAUUUGUACGAAUACAGAUGAUCGGCAUAGAGAAAUAUACAGUGCUCGCACUUCAAUUCCUCAUACAGCUCCCAAACAAGCGCGCGAUCGAGCAACUUAUGCCUCCUUCGGAGAUGACGGCACUACGGCGACUGCCAAUGCUCAUGGUCAUUUGUUGCAAAUCACGCGCUAUUUCGGGAAUAAACCUUCUGGAUUCUUUUGUGUGGAUCUUCCACUUGCUCCUGAGCCAUGUGUCAUCGAAGCUCGCAUGAAUUAUUUGCAAGAGUCUUGCCAAGAUGCUACGCGCGGGAUUCGUCUUUUCUUCGACGACAGCGAAAACAGUGCACGGUGGAGAGCAAAAACAGGUAUUGACGCAAUGCCAAAAAUGGCCUUUUUGCAGGAUCGCUGGCCAUCUUUCACGACACAGACUUCGGCAUUUUAUUUGAACAUACAAUAUGUGAUAUCCCAGGGAACAGUGUAUCAAAUCUACACAUACACACUUAAGGAAGAAAAACUAUCAACUCCUCCACAAGUCCCGGUAUUGAAGAUUGACGCCAACUUACUUCUUCGAAAUCUCAAUUUUAUCGAGGAUGGCGAUGAAAAUGAACGUGAGAGCGAUGAUGCCCACUACACUCAUUUUAUUCUGAAUGAUGGCUACUCGGUAGCCACUAUGCAUAAGGUCCGCUUGAAUGCGCCACAGAAUCAGGAUGCCGUUGCAUUGUUUACAUCACUAUUCAUCAACGGACGACUCCAAACUUUUGAUGAUUCUGAAAGUGGCGACGAGAGUGAAGACUUAUAUGCGAAGCUAGAUCAGCAGGCACUAACAGAUCUGAUAGAACAAGGCUUCUUGAAAGUGACAUUGGCCUACAAGCUAGAUAUUGUUUCUUCAAGCAAAGUAAAGAAGGCUUCUGCGUUUUCUCGUGGGGACCUUCUGGCCGCAGAGCUGAUCCUUAAAACUCCAUAUGAGAGAAUGCUGUUUUCCGAAGACGAGCAUCUCAAUUUCAUCUUGAGGCGAAAUUUGGAACACAUUUUAUCUGUUUGCAGCAUUCCUGUUGAGGACUUUGAAGAAAAUGAAGUAUUUUCGGCUCCCAGCGAUUCACCAUAUUGCAAAGCAAUUGCACUUACAUGUGGAGAUGUUUCUGGUCAUCGGAUUGCAACCACAGCAAGCUUCUACGCUUUUCAAUUUUUACUUAAUGCUCUAAAAUUCUUUCAGAAAAAGGGCUUAACUUGUGCCUGCCCUGCAGGAAUUAAUUUAUGCGAAGAUUAUGCAUGCAAAAUGUACUCGAGAAUCCGAUUCACUUGCCGGGGACAUCUAAGAUGGCUUCAUUAUGCUCAUAUAUCUGCAAGUGAAAGCCCUCAUAGCCCCAGCUACUGGGCUACAGGUGAAACAAUACCUGUGUGGGAAAGCAAAAUUGACGAGAUUUCGAUCACUACUACGCUUUGCAAUUUGAUCAAAGCUGCAGGCUUAUGCCAAUUAAUCGCAGAUGAGAAUACAAGACAUGAAGUUGCUAAAGAUUUCGGAGAUAUGGCAAUCUGUUUGAUCAAUAGCCUUCACCACCAUAAUAAGAACAACGAAUACAUCUUUCCACGUUUUAAGAAACGAACACCGCAUACGUUUUAUGCUAGCGAUCACGCCAUCAUCUGGUGGGCCAUCAAAUCAACAGAAGAGCUGGGCCUCGCGUCGAUCUGCUAUAUCCCUCCGGAUAUUGGGCAGCGUGGAAUGAGUUACUCGUCCACCAAAAUUCAGAAAAGCAUGCUCAUGAAACUGGCGGCCGAGAAUCCCGAUGGAAGAAGAAGUAUGCUCACCACUUCUCGCAACCUCUCUGAGGACAGAUUUCGACUAGGAGUCAAUGAUACUAUCCUUUUUCACGCCAUGGAGGUUGGCCUAUUUAAUAAGCCUAAUAGUGUUGAUGAUACAUCGAAUUUUUGGAAAAACAAAGUCGAUGUUUGGAAAAAUAUAGUCGAUUGCCAAGGGGAUCAAGAUCCUGUUUUAAGCGAUCCACUCGAACUCGCUUUAGUUUUAAUCCUGUCGGCAAACAACAAAUGUAUCAAUUCGCGACCAGCAAGAGAAGUGUAUGACUCUACGAAAUCAUUUUUAUUUACCAUUUCUUCGCCGAAUGGGCUCUUCCCCGGGCAAUUGGACGAGAAUCAGGAGCCUGCACUAUUCGGCAACGAAACUUCACGUGAUUCAUAUUGGCAUGUCACGUUCGAGUUGCCUUAUAUUCUAUGGAAUUAUCAAAAACAGCGACCAAUCAGCCAGUGUCCGCUUACGGCUGAAAUUAUUGCGGACCAAAGAUUUUCUGAGCUUUUUCAGAGGAUGGAAAAGACAAUUGGACGAAUAGAGGCAAUGGCGGCUAGUCCAACUGCCACGAGAAGCGUGAAUGAGAUACCGAACGAAUGGCUAUACGACGAACCAAAUUUUUUCAAAUUCCACCACGAUGUAUCCAGCGACAGCAUUGUACAGUUUUGUGAGAAUAACAAAAAUAAACAUUACGGUAUAGUAAUAGAUGAAGCAAUGCUAAUUGUACAGAACGAAAAUAAUUACGAUGUCUUUAAAGAUGAUAUUGCCGGAUAUAUCGUUGAUGUUCCAAGAAGUAAGGGAUUAUACUCGAAGACACGUACAUUUAAUCUACAAAAAGUCACCAAAAGCGAAAAUUUUGGUUCAUGUAUCCAAGAACAACGAACUCCUGCUAUUUCGAAGAAGCGACUUUUCCAUUUUUACCCUCUGAGCUUGAAUGUCGCAUUAGCGUCUUUCGUCGCAUCAUCUGAAAAGGAUGCUAUAGCGUUAUUCUUUGAUCGACACGCAUCAUACGAUCGAUAUUUUUCUGAAACCACAACCUUAGCACACAACAAAUGGACAACUGAGCUGCAUCUUCCCUUCUAUCAGAUAAGCAAUCAAGAACCAUCAUCCGGUAAAUACCGUACUGUUGCAAAGAUGGUGGGAAUCCCGUUCUUACGCAACAAUGGGAGUGAAGAGAACACUAUAUGGAUCAAUAGAGCUACAAUGAGCUUCAGAUUUGACGGAGAUAUCUUUGAUCGCUAUUGGACAUGCCAUUUUAUUGAAUACAGCCCUCGAAUUAUAUAUGAGGGGCAGAAGAAUACAUAUAAAGGGGAGCAAAACCCAAGCAGCAUAUUAACUAGACGAAUCGACGACGCAUCAAAAGAAAGCUCGUGGAGACAGCGAAGAAUUUUGGAGCUCAUUCUAUUUGACCUGAUGCUCGAAGAGAUGUUGAGAAGUACUAAGGAAAUUCUCAUGGAGAUCCGAUCGCGCAUUGAAAGAAGUUUUGAGUCUGAAGCAAUAACCGGUCUCAACGACAAGGCCUCAAAAUCUAUGCUCUUGGAUCCCCUUAAUCUUAUCGAUAAGGUCGACAAUAACAUUUUUCUUUCCACAAGUACCUUAUGGAAUGAGCUUGAACCUAUCUUUCAACUGAUGAAAGAUUUGCUUCAUGAGAAUCUGGAGACAAUUGCAAAUUGGACAGAUCGAGAGAAAAACCGCGGGCUUGAUGAGCCACACUGGACCCUGAAUGAUGAGAGAAGCUACCGACGAGCUAUAUCUGCAUUACAAGCUUCCAACCAGCGAAGAGUCGAUGAACUUAAGCGAUAUAAUGCAGAUAUAGCAUCUUUCAACGCUUCAUUUGCGAGAAAACUGGAGGUCAUGCGCAGUGAGCUUGAUCGACGUGGUGCCGAUGAUAUAAGACUCUUCACGUAUGUGACGGUCGUCUUUUUACCUGUUGGCUUUGCCACGAGCGUGUUCAGUAUGAAUGGAUCACCAUCAGGUGAUACACUACAUGGAAUGAUUAUCCUCGCGAUACUCGCUUUGCUCAUUACUUUUAUCGCUUUGGUCAAUGCUCGUAUCUUGGACAGAGUUUUGGGGCCCCUAUUUGGGGCAUGUCGUGUUAUAACUGAGGGUAUUGUCAAUCCACUCAUUAAUGAAUUGCACAAACUUGCGCAACCAAUCGGCAAAUCUGUUUACCUUCUAAUA